AUGGCACCCUCAGCUACUCCUGUUGCAAGCGUCGGUGUCAAGAAUGGCAAGCAGGUCCAGGGCCUCGAUGCCUCCAAGCUGACCUACGAGCUGACCUCGAGUCCACGACCUGUUCCUGCCAGCAUCAGCAGCGCCUGUGUCGGCGUCGAGACGAUCUGCACGGACCACAUGAUCACCGUCGCCUGGAACGUUGAGACCGGCUGGGCUGCUCCCCAGCUGCGUCCGUAUGGGCCGCUCAGCCUGAUGCCCACGGCCUCAGUCCUGCACUAUGCCACCGAGUGUUUUGAGGGUCUCAAGGCAUACCGUGGUGUGGACGGCCGUCUGCGCCUCUUCCGGCCAGACUGCAACGCCCGCCGCAUGCUGACGUCGUCCGUCCGCGUCUCGCUGCCCGGUUUCGAGCCGGCCGAGCUCGAGAAGCUGAUCGUCGCCCUCAUGGCUGUGGACGGUCCACGCUGGCUGCCGGCCGACUGGCCCGCCGGCUCAUUCGUUUACCUGCGUCCCACCAUCAUUGGCACGCAGGCACAGCUCGGUGUGCAGUCCCCGCGCGAGGCCUUGCUCUUCAUCACCGCCAGCUAUAUGCCCGUCCUCGACUCGUCCCCCGGUGGCAUGCGCCUCAACACAAGCCCCGAGGACAUGGUGCGCGCCUGGGUUGGCGGAUUCGGCUUCGCAAAGCUCGGCGCCAACUAUGGCCCCAGCCUGCUUGCCACCAGCGAGGCUCGUGCCAAGGGCUGUCACCAGGUCCUCUGGCUUUACGGCUCUGAUGGCUACUGCACCGAGGCUGGCGCCAGCAACUUCUUCAUCCUUUGGAAGGCAAAGGACACCGGUCGGACACAGCUCGUCACCGCACCGCUCGAUGACCGUCUCAUCCUCGACGGAGUCACCCGUCGCAGCAUCGUCCAGCUGGCCCGCGAACGUCUUGGCAGCGAGGUCGACGUCGUUGAGCGCAAAUACACCAUCGCCGAGGUCCAGGAGGCUCACUCCGAGGGUCGCUUGCUCGAGGCCUUUGCCGCAGGCACUGCUUAUUUCAUCACUCCCGUGUCGCAAAUCCUCCACCGCGACCAGGACAUUGACAUCCCCAUGGGCGAGGGCACGGGUGGUCAGUACACACUGAAGCUGAAGGAGUGGAUUGGCAACAUCAUGUACGGCAAGGAUGAGCACGAAUGGGGCGUUGUUGUCACCGAAAAGCAGUAA